UGAGUGAUACUGCCUCGGCCGAACCAAGUAAAGACAUUAGUGGACCAACUCUAAAAACUCUAUUAGAGAAAGCGCAGACUACAAAAACGACUUUUCGUAUCGACGAAACGGCGUGCGUUCCAGAUGAAUUCAAUAAAAUCCAGGAAAUUGUGAAAAUCUGGUGUGAUGAAAAAAACAUAGAUUUGGUAAUUACUACCGGUGGCACAGGAUUUGGCAUCAGAGAUCUCACGCCAGAAGCGAUUACGCCUUUAAUAGACAAAUUAUCGCCGGGUCUUACUCAUGCGAUGAUUUCUAGUUCUUUGACGAAAACCCCAUUUGCUGCACUAAGUCGCCCUGUUAGUGGCAUUCGUGGCAAAUCCAUCAUCUUAACUUUGCCUGGAAGUCCCAAAGCAGCAAAAGAAAAUUUUGAAGCGGUUUUAAGUAUUUUGCCUCAUGCAAUUGAAUUAACCAGGGGUGGAACAGGCGAAGAACUUCAUCAAGAGCUGCGAAAAAAAAGGAAUUCUGACCAUAAAUUAACAGAUACUGUUGCUCACCAUUCUCAUCAAUGUCUGCACCACGAGCACAUGCAUAGUUCUGACAAUCACGAGAGCAACACUCUAUUGUCGAAUUCUUUAUCUGCUCCUGUUUCAAAACGUUAUCGUAAAUCUCCAUAUCCAGCGAUCGCAAUCGACGACGCCUUCAAACUUGUCUUUGAUCAUUUGCAGACCUUAGAAACGAUCGAAGUUCCGGUUAAUGAGAAAUUAAUUGGUUAUGUUCUCGCUCAGGAUGUAAACGCAAAAGAGAAUGUUCCUGGUUAUCGUGCGUCAAUAGUUGAUGGUUAUGCAGUAGUGGCAAGUGAUGGACCUGGAACUUAUCCGGUGGUUGCGAUCUCACUAGCUACCUCAUCCGCUUUAGUCGCUCCUCUCAAAUCCGGUCAGAUUGCUCGAAUUGCAACAGGAGGUUAUGUGCCACCUGGCGCAACGGCUAUUGUUAUGGUUGAAGAUACAAUCCUUGUACGUACUUCAGCUGAUGGCAAAAAUGAAGAAUUAGUGGAAAUUCUCGUUCAAUCCCAUGAAGGUGAAAAAAUUAGGGAAAUUGGGUCGGAUAUUGCGAUUGGAGAAACUGUUGGUCGCUGUGGUGAACUUGUAUCAGCUGUGGAUGGCGAGCUUGGUAUAUUGGCAUCUUCAGGAAUAAAAAAUCUCCGUGUCUUUCGACGUCCAGUAAUUGGAGUUCUUUCUACUGGCAAUGAAGUUGUUGAUCACAGUGAAACAAUCGAAUUAAAAUAUGGAGAAAUACGUGAUACCAAUCGACUCACUUUAUUAUCACUUAUUCAAUCAGUCGGCUUUGAAGCCAGGGAUUUUGGAAUUAGUCGAGACAAUCCUGAGGAAUUGGAAUCAAAACUCAAGUCCGCAUUAUCACAAGUUGACGUAUUAAUUACCACGGGAGGAGUUUCGAUGGGUGAAAUGGAUUUUCUAAAGACAAUACUUGAACGUUCGUUAGGUGCAAAAAUACAUUUUGGUCGGGUGAAGCUUAAACCAGGUUUGCCAACGACAUUCGCCACCAUAAAGUUAAACGGGGAACAGCCAACAAAUGAGCGUGAAAAACUAGUUUUCGCGUUGCCAGGUAAUCCGGUGUCUGCUGUCGUGACAUUUUACGUGUUUGUCCUUCCUGCUCUUAGGAAAAUGGCAGGAUACACGAAUUGGGAACUACCCAAAAUCAAUGUACAGCUAUCCAAGACUAUCAAACUCGAUCCACGCCCAGAAUUUCAUCGCGUAAUUAUACAUUUUGAUCAUGAGACGGGAAGUUUCCAAGCUGACUCGACAGGUUUUCAACGAAGUAGUCGACUAAUGAGUCUCCGCGGAUGCAAUGCGUUAUUAAAGUUGCCAGCAAACGACUUGCUUUCUGAACUAUCGAAAGGAACUUUUGUUGAAGCUAUUGUGAUUGGGCCAUUACUUGAUUCAAAAAAUAGCGUUUUAUGA